GGACUCGGGGGAGUCAGAGAAAAAGCUGACCUAAUGCAACUGUGGCAACGUCAGCGCUUGAGGCUUGAAGAGGGAGACAAGCUAAAAGAGGAUAUCCAGUUGUUUCAUGAUGGCAUUUGCACCUCCGAAAAACACAGAUGGUCCCAAAAUGCACACAAAGAUGAGCACCUGGACACCCCUAAACCAUCAGCUAUUGAAUGACCGGGUAUUUGAAGAAAGAAGAGCCCUGCUUGGCAAAUGGUUUGACAAAUGGACAGACUCUCAAAGAAGAAGAAUCCUCACAGGCCUGUUGGAGCGCUGCUCGCUGUCCCAGCAAAAGUUCUGCUGUCGAAAGCUUCAAGAGAAAAUUCCAGCAGAAGCCCUGGACUUUACGACCAAGCUUCCAAGGGUGUUAUCUUUAUACAUCUUUUCUUUCCUGGACCCCCGGAGCCUUUGUCGUUGUGCACAGGUGUGCUGGCAUUGGAAGAACCUUGCUGAGCUGGACCAGCUCUGGAUGCUGAAAUGUUUACGGUUUAACUGGUACAUCAAUUUCUCUCCAACUCCGUUUGAGCAGGGGAUCUGGAAGAAGCACUAUAUUCAAAUGGUGAAAGAACUUCAUGUUACCAAGCCUAAGACACCCCCAAAGGAUGGAUUUGUAAUCGCUGACGUUCAACUAGUUACAAGCAAUUCUCCAGAGGAAAAACAGUCCCCUUUAUCAGCUUUUCGGUCCUCUUCCUCUUUAAGAAAGAAGAAUAACUCAGGGGAGAAAGCACUUCCACCCUGGCGAUCUUCUGAUAAGCAUCCGACAGAUAUCAUUCGUUUUAAUUACCUAGACAACUGUGACCCCAUGGAGACUGUCUGGCAAGGAGGAAGAAAAAGAAACCAAAUGACCCCAGAUUUCAGCCGACAGUCACAUGAUAAGAAAAACAAAUUGCAGGACAGAACUAGGCUAAGAAAAGCACAAUCAAUGAUGUCGAGGAGAAAUCCCUUCCCACUAUGUCCCUAAGUUCCAGCUGUCCCUAAAAGUUCCAGCUCAUCUCGCCUGGCCUCCCCCUGAGUCAGUGGGACUCCCAGCCACUGCCACCACAGCUGAAAUUCUCAUGCAACAUCUUCACAGGCACCUUGGGCCCCAAGCAUGACUCAUCCAGGUUCCAGAGCCAAAGUGGACUGAACAUGGAAAGACUUUUAUUAUAGAAAUGACAAGAUGCUUUGCACGGUGGAGAGCUGAAUUUACUUGGCUCCCAUUAGAAACUCUUUCAGCUUAAGUACUUACUGUGGUAGUGAGUCCUACAGUAUUUCAGUAAAAAGGAAUUCAUGGCAUAAAUGUGG